CUCCCUCUCUCUCUCUUUCGGCUGGCCUCUCUCUCUCGGCUGGCCCGCCCUUCGACUCCCUCUUCUCUCCGGGACUUUGCGGCGGAGACGUCGUCUCUUGCUCCUCUUCCUCUCCUAGCCGUUCCUCCUCUCCCGACCUCCUCUUUUCUUCUUUGUCUAUUGUUGCCGGCAACUCUGCCGCUGCUGCCACCGCCACUGCCGCCUCUAACAGCGGCCGCUCUCCACUCUCGUCCUCUCCGGCGCCCCACCUCCUCCGAUCUGGUGUUUAGGGCCGCCAUUAAAAAGAGAUGAUUCAGCUGUUGUUUCUCGUACUCUUUGCCGAGGGGGCAGUGGCGCUCAUUCUGAUUUGGAAGAUUGGGCCACUGCGGGAGUUGGCGAUGAAGGGGCUCGACCAGUUGAAAAUAGGCAAGGGACCGGCGACGAUGAAGACACUGGCAUGCACGAUGUCGGUGAUUUUUGUGUCGAGCAUAACCAGCAUUCUUAAGAUCCAGAACAGGGGCACAAAGCUUGGAACAGUCACUCCAAUGGAUCAAGUCUUGUGGAGGACUCACUUAAUUGAAGCCUCACUCAUCGGUUAUACUUUGUUUCUUGCUCUAGUGAUUGAUCGUUUGCAUCAUUACCUUAGGAAGCUGGUUAACUUGAGACGAACUGUUCACACUUCUCGGGAAGAAGUGGAGAAUCUAAAGAAUGAGAACCAAAAAUUUAAAAACAAGGAUGCAACAUCUUCUAGCAAAAUAAAAAAGCUAAAUGAAGAGGUGACAAAGUUAAAAGAGAAACUACAGAAAGUCGAGUCAGAGUCUGAGGAGCAAGGGGAAAGGGCACGGACUGCCGAAGCUCAUGUUGCAUCCCUUCAAAAACAGUCAGAAGAACUUCUUCUGGAAUAUGAUCGUUUACUCGAGGACAACCAAAUUCUUCAGGCACAGGCUCUAUCAUUCAAAAUUUAAGCCUUUCUGUGGCCGCAUUUUGGAGCACUUGUUCUUCCAUGUAAUUACUAAAAAAUGUAUCAAUUGAUCUGUUUGAUCUAAACUAUAAUGUAAAGCUACAUUUUCCAAUGAUUUGGUGCCAAAUAUUAAACAGAGCCUGAUAGCA